GCGGAAGUCGGGGUACGGGGCCGCGCCAGCUUCCGCCGUUACUUCUCACGCGACUUCCUGCGGAGAACAUGGCGGCACUGAGCGGUGUCCGUUGGUUGACCCGAGCGCUGGUCUCCGCCGGGAACCCUGGGGCAUGGAGAGGUCUGAGUGCCUCGGCCGCGGCGCACGCUGCAUCGCGGAGUCAGGCCGAGGACGUGAGGGUGGAGGGCUCCUUUCCCGUGACCAUGCUGCCGGGAGACGGUGUAGGGCCUGAGCUGAUGCACGCCGUCAAGGAGGUGUUCAAGGCUGCCGCUGUCCCGGUGGAGUUCCAGGAGCACCACCUGAGUGAGGUGCAGAAUAUGGCAUCCGAGGAGAAGCUGGAACAGGUGCUGAGUUCCAUGAAGGAGAACAAAGUGGCCAUUAUUGGAAAGAUCCAUACCCCAAUGGAGUAUAAGGGGGAGCUAGCUUCCUAUGAUAUGCGGCUGAGGCGUAAGUUGGACUUAUUUGCCAACGUAGUCCAUGUGAAGUCACUUCCUGGGUAUAUGACUCGGCACAACAAUCUAGACCUGGUGAUCAUUAGGGAGCAGACGGAAGGGGAGUACAGCUCUCUGGAACAUGAGAGUGCAAGGGGUGUGAUUGAGUGCUUGAAAAUUGUCACACGAGCCAAGUCCCAGCGGAUUGCAAAGUUUGCCUUUGACUAUGCCACCAAGAAGGGGCGGGGCAAGGUCACUGCUGUCCACAAGGCCAACAUCAUGAAACUUGGGGAUGGGUUGUUCCUGCAGUGCUGUGAGGAAGUUGCUGAACUGUACCCCAAAAUCAAAUUUGAAACAAUGAUCAUAGACAACUGCUGCAUGCAGCUGGUGCAGAAUCCUUACCAGUUUGAUGUGCUUGUGAUGCCCAAUCUCUAUGGGAACAUUAUUGACAAUUUGGCUGCUGGCCUUGUUGGGGGAGCUGGCGUGGUCCCUGGUGAGAGCUAUAGUGCAGAGUAUGCAGUCUUUGAGACGGGUGCCCGGCACCCAUUUGCCCAGGCAGUGGGCAGGAAUAUAGCCAAUCCCACGGCCAUGUUGUUGUCGGCUUCCAACAUGCUGCGGCAUCUCAAUCUCGAGUAUCACUCCAGCAUGAUUGCAGAUGCGGUGAAGAAGGUGAUCAAAGUUGGCAAGAUCCCAUCUGCUGUUCCCUCUUUCCUGCUCCAUUCACUGCCCUUUUCAUGGGCCAUCUGAAUGCAGAACUUGCAGCUUUUCCUGGGGGUGGAACAGCAAGGGAUACAGGCAGGCUGAGGCACCAGCUUCACCUUCACAUCCCAUCUCCUUUCCCCUGCCUCGUCUUGUCCUCCCACCUGGUCCUGUCUCUUUCUUCCAAGGAAGGUAGCUACAUCCCACCUCUGAUCUGCAUUUCCCGUCAUCUUUGCCUGCUCAGCCUCCUUCCUGCCCUGGCUGCAGCACAGUUAAUAGUGGCUUAAGAGGAGUGGGCAGGUCCAUGUGCUUCCCAGCCUGGCUCCUUCCAUCCUGCUGCACUGCCUCUUUUUUCUGGCUAUCUGUCAUGCCUUCUUGGAUUCCAUCUCAUUCUUGGAUUCCAUUUCCUCAGUCAUGUUGCCCUACCUCCCUUCAUGGGCUCUCUUUUCUUCCUCCCCACGGCU